CAAAAAAAAAAAAAAAAAAAAAAGAGAAUUCAUCUCCCUAAACUAAAAAAAAGAAAGAAUUCAUCUCCCUAGCUAAAAUCGAAAAACUACUUUUAAAAAAUUAUAUUGGAAUCUCUCCCCUUUUCUCCUUCACCCCUCAACAAACACAGAGUCAGAAUCAAGGAAUUUAUUUGAGAGCUUGAGAAAAAAAUGGCUCAGGCGGUGGAAGAAUGGUACAAACAGAUGCCAAUUAUCACUCGAUCUUAUCUUACCGCGGCUGUAGUCACCACAAUCGGAUGCUCCCUUGAGAUCAUUUCUCCAUAUAAUCUGUACUUGAAUCCUCGUCUUGUAAUGAAACAAUAUCAAUUCUGGCGGCUUGUCACCAAUUUCUUGUAUUUCCGUAAAAUGGAUUUGGACUUCCUCUUCCACAUGUUCUUUCUUGCACGAUAUUGUAAACUUCUUGAAGAGAACUCCUUCCGGGGAAGGACCGCAGAUUUCUUUUACAUGCUUUUGUUUGGUGCAUCCGUUUUGACCGGAAUUGUGCUAGUCGGAGGAAUGAUACCAUAUGUGUCCGAGUCAUUUGCAAAAAUCAUUUUCUUGAGCAACUCCUUGACAUUCAUGAUGGUGUAUGUGUGGAGCAAGCAAAAUCCUUUUAUCCAUAUGAGUUUCUUGGGCUUAUUUACCUUUACUGCAGCUUAUCUACCUUGGGUACUUUUAGGAUUUUCUAUCCUAGUUGGUGCUAGCCCUUGGGUCGACCUUCUGGGAAUGGUUUCCGGACAUGCGUAUUAUUUCCUUGAAGAUGUAUAUCCCAGAAUGACAGGUCGUCACCCUCUUAGAACUCCCUCGUUUAUUAAGGUGCUAUUUGCAGACGAACCCGUUGUGAUGGUGCAGCCUGGAAACGUGCCUUUUGCUGCCCCACCAGCGGAUGAUCUCCAUCAAGAUUAGCCUGUAUUUUCCCGAUACCAAAUUAAUAGCCUCGUGUUUGCUUGUAAUUAUUUACGCACAGGAUGAGUCGAGAAUGGGGUUGUUGCCGUUGCAAGAUUUGAUUUUACUGAUCAAACAAACUAUAGGGUGAAGAUUAUUGUUGCGCGGUUAUUUUGUUAGGUUUUAGUUUAAAUGUAAACUUCUAGUUAGCGACAUUCUCACGUUCGUUAUCGGGAUUAAAGUUUUGACAUUAUCUUCUAAGUACAGGGUGAAUGUGUGCGCAUUUGUUUAAAAAGUUUUAUUCUUUUACUUCUGAUUCUGCUUUAAAAUCAGCUAUCUUGAAAUCAGUUAGUGAAAUUAUUUUGUGGCUUC